AUGGGCGACCUCGACUGCGCGCCGAUCGACGUGGCCAAGGCGCCGUACGAAGACGCGCUCGACUGCCUCCCGCGCGACGCUUGUGCUACGUACGAGUAUGCAUACGUCGGCGGCUUGGACGACGCGAUGGCGCCGAGCCUCUCGGUCCUCGGCUUCACCAGUAGCCGCAAGUGGUCGCAAGACACGCGGGUCGUCGACGACAUCCUUGGCCUGCAUCCAUCGGGCAUCGUGCCCACGACGAUGCUGCAACUCGACGCCCGAGAUGAUCUGGCGCCUCCGACAGCGUGGGCCAGCGCGCUCCCUUGCUUCCUCGACGCCACGUUGCGCGAUCACUUUGUGUGGGGCAGCGCGCCGGUCACGCCCGUCCUUUCCCAUGUCAUGAUCCAUGGUCCUGCAUCUACGACAGCGCGCCUCGAGCCCAUCGCGCGAGCUCCUGCCAGCGUCGGGACGCUUCUCUUGACCUUUCCGAGCUACGUGGAAGGCGGCGCCCUUUCGGUGGCGUUUGAAGCAGCGACGACCACGUCCGGCCACAGCGACUGCCUUAGCAGCACCUUUGCCAUCGUCGUCGCGCACCGCGCAGCAACGAUCGCGAUGGCACCGAUCUCAGCCGGCCAUGCCGUCGUCGCCGUCUUUGAUCUCGUCGGUGCAACCGCGCCAUCCUCGCCCAUCUCCGAGGGCGUGCACGCGGCGAUCGCUGCGCUCGUUGCCUUUAGCUUUACGACCUUUCAGGACCUCCCAAGCGGCAGCCGCGACCGAGCAUUCGCCCACGCACUCAUCGCGUCCGAGUUGUACGACGUGGCGAUCGUGCACUACACCGACGACGACGACCCGUCCGGCUUGAACAACGGCGACGCUCCCUUUGUCAUUGCGCGUGCGACCAUGCACCCGGACUCGAGACUACCCAGUGAGUGCGCGCUGGCACUGCGAGGGCAGGCGGUGCCGGCCUUUCUGCACACGGUCAACGUCGGCGAUUUGCGCCGCUCCGGCGACCAUCGGCGCACAAGCCUUGUGUUUUGGCACAAGGCCCACCGUCCGUACGUGCUUGGGCUCAAAACCGCACUCGAUGUCUUUGCAACGACGUCGGCGACGAUCUCGACGCGACGCUGCCUCGUCGACCACAUGCUCGGCUACUUGGAACAGACAGCCCGAGAGCGCCAGAGCCCUGCACGAUACAAUAGCAGCGCCGAGACGUGGGCGUGCACGGCGGCGCUGGGGCAUCUCGUCCUUGCCGUUGGCGACGUGCGUCUCGUUGAGACGCUCUGGGAGCCGCUGGAGUUCUUUGUCGCGCCAACGCACUUGGCGUUGAUGGCGCCGAGCAUGCAUGCGACCAUCCAGCGCUUUGGCACGUACGCGCUCUUCCCGCUGCUCGAGUACGUCUUGCGCUGGUGGACGACGCGCUGGAGCAGCCUCGCUGUCGGCUGUCAGCUGCUUGCGAGCUUUGCCGGCGUCUCGGUCGCGCCGCUGUGCCCGCCGCUGUCGAUUCCCGGCGCCCGCGCCUCGAUCGUGUCGGCCUACGCUGUUCUGAUGGACCUCAGUGUGACGAAGCGCAGUGCUACCAACAGCACGCGCGCGUCCUUGGCAGCGAUUAUCUGCGACGGCAGUCGCCUUGCCGCCUAUGUCAACGAUGAGAAACAUCGGUUGCAGACGCUGGUGCAGUCGCAGCCGGCGCUCUUCCAUCCGCAGACCGUGCUCGCACCGGCACUUGACACGCUCUUGCCAGACCGCCUUUUGUGGUGCGAGACGCUUUUGCUCGCCACGGUCCACGUCACUCUGAUGGAAGCCACGCCAAGCAACCUCGUGACGGUACCUGAUGCGACCCGCGUCUUGCGCGUGCUGCACUCGAUCCACGCGUUGGACGCACCGAUGCUGCAAGCCCUCGUGACCCUCUGGGGUGCGUUGGCCCUCGAUGCGAUCGCUGGGUUUUUGGCCGCGCUGGAAGAAGACGUUCUUGUUGGCCUCGAGACGAGCGUCCUCGCCGUCGUGACAACGACGACGCUAGAGGCGAUUCAAAACAACCUUGCGAAGGCGACGGCGUCGUGGCGCGCCAUGGCGAAAUCGACGGCCCGCGUUCUUUUGUUGGCGCAGCAUACAUCGUCGUCGGCAGCGACCUCGACUUUCGACGUGUUCCUAGCAGCGAUUCUCAAGGCCGUCGGCGAUGUGAUGGCGCUGCACGAGGCCUUUGUGUGGCCGCUGCUCCAAGACGCCGCAGCGAUCGGCUUGUCGCUGCGUGGUCAAAAAACGCUGGCCUCGGCGAUGCUCCCCGUGCUUCCCACGUACAAAACAGAGGACGAGCUGCCGCUGUUGGCGUCGGAUAUGGCCAUCUCGGACGUGGUCUUGGAGCCGUGCUGCCGCGACUGCCGACGUUUCGAAGCCUUUUUGCGGUCGUCGACACGCACCCAGUGGGUCCUUGCGUGGUACGCCGAGCCGACGACGACCCUGUGCGACAAGCUUGCGGCGAUGGCGCAACUGCUUGCGAUGCGCCUGUCAUGCAGCAUCGAUCAUCAUGCAACGUACCGCAAUGUUCGCGUCGCAACGUUCGUAAAGCGUCACGCUAUGGUCCUCGAGACGCGCCACCACGAGGUAGAGCGACGGCAGCGAACACGGACGCUGGUGAUGCUGCUGGGUGACGAGCACGACACGCGCCAAAUGACGUCGCAUGACCAAGGUGACGAGGCGGCGAUGCCAGCAGCGAAGCGCCAGAAGCUGUCGGCGUGA